GGUUCCGUUUGCUUUUCUCGGACAGCCCUAAACAAGAUGGCGGCUCAGAGUGGCGCCUCUUGCCGCGCUCUGCGGCUCGUUUUGAAAGCAGGCCGGCGGGCCUUUUCUCACAGCCAGGGCGCGGCCGCCCCUCUCAGCGCCCAGCAGCUGGCGGAGAAAAUACGAGCCGAGAAGCAGGAGCAGAAAAAAAAGCAGGCUGAGGUGAGUCCGUUGGUCAGUUGGGACUCUAUUUCCCAGAGUGCAUUGCGCCGGGAAGGAAAGACUACACUUCCCAGCAUGCAACAUUCUUCAGCAGCCCUGAAAGGGGUUGGUGUGUUGUUCCAUAUGCACUUGCGUGCAAUUUGAGGUUGGAACGCCCAACCUUUGCUUCUAUUCUUUCUUUUGAAAAUAUUUCUUAUUUGAUUUUACAGCCGUAAAGUUAUAACAAUACCAAGUACAUAUCCACAUUUAGAGAUUUCUCUGAAUAUCCAAACUUCCCAGCACGCCCUGCAUGGGUCUUUUUGUCAACAUUUUCAACUGCAUAUUAUUUCAUGACCAUAUUUUGUAUCUCUCCAUAUUGUCCAUAGUGAUUGUUACAUUAGAAGUGAGAUUAAACUUCUGCUAAUGUUUUCAUCUGCUUACAGUGGUCUCCUAAAUAAUCAGCCUUUACUUCUAUAUCGUGUAAACACUCAAGCUCCUGGCAGAACCUAAACAUAGGUUUUGUUUUUAAUCUUGGAUCUUGGAUUUAACUUUUGUCGUUAAUUUGUUAUGUAUGAUCAUAUAUGUCAUCGUUUAUCACACACCACCUUAUUGCUGCCUUGAUGGGGCGUGGGGGAAGCAAAAUAUAUAGCUAAUAUGUGGUGUUGCUUGGGGUAGCAUAUCCUCUCUCUUUAAAAAAAAUCCAGUUCUACUUAGGUCAUUGUGGCUGCUGAGAAUGUACCCUGUCCGAAACUCUUGGGAGCUGCUGCCAGUCGGUGCAGGCAAUGCUGGCAAUGGCCUGAUUCUAUAUAAGGCAGCUUCCUGUGUUCCAGCUAAGUUCAUUGUGGCAUAAGCGUACAGGGACCAGGGACCAAGUUGGCACAUGCAUGGUGUUAUCUUAAUAAAAACAGCUUCUUCUGAUUUUUGUUAAAGUUAUAUAUUGUUUCUUAAAAUGCUCACGGAGAGGAGAAGCCUAAUAGAGCUGAUCUCCCAACAGUUUUAGUGGAGGGGUCUGAACUCCCAUCUCUCCUGCUGCUGUAACCUGAUAGAACGCUGAAUUAGCUUGAGUGGUGGAAUCCACAAGUAGAGGCUCUUUUUCCUUUCCUGCAGUGCCUGCUUUUCUGAAAGACCACCACCAUGCUUUUCCACCUGCAUGGGAAAAGCACCUUACAGGGAGGGGUUUUUGUUGUGGGGAAAUGGCCAUAGGGAAAAUAAAUACACAUUCCACCUCUUCUUCCACAGCUUUAAUUGACUUGCUUGUUGGAAGUUGGUGGCAGAGAUUUAUGAUUUCGAGAUGCAGUGCUAUUUUCUUUGCAAAUAGGGUGUGUGUGUGUGUGUGUGUGUUUGUGUAUAGAGAGAUAGAGAGAGCUAGUGUAUUUUUUCAUCAGUAGUUUCCAUUCUUACCUUUUUAAAAACCAUUUGCUGUAUUUCUUUUUGCACAUGCAUGCCUAUACAUAUUUUGUGACACCAGAAAUGAUACAAUAAAGGAUUGAUGAACUACUUUGUUCUUUCUUCCCUGGUCCAUCAAAGGUUCCUAAAGACAGAGUAUCACGGCGGGUGCAAGAACUUGCUCAGCUAACGAAGCAGUUGCAGCGGGUUCAUCCUAAUGUGUUGGCCAAGGCACUAAAAAAUGGAAUCCUCUACCAGAACAAAGAGAUUGUGGUGAUUAACAAACCUUAUGGCCUUCCUGUUCAUGGUGAGAAAAAUGAGCAAUGUGAUGUUACUGAAAGACUGUUAUAGUGGAUUGGUAAUUAUAAAGGAUGGAGGAGCUGUGGCCCUUCAGAUGUUAUUGGGCUUCAGCUCCCAUCGGCCUCAGUCAGCAUGGCAAAUGGUCAGAGGUUGUCAUCCAGAAACACCUAGAGGACCACAGGUUCCUCAUUGCAAAGAGCCCUGCUAACUAUCCAGAUAUCUCCUUCUCUAUGACUUAAUCAGUCAUUGCUUUUAUUUGUUUUUGAGGUCUGUAGUGGCUCUUCAACAGGUUAAAUAUGAAUUCAUCCUGUGGAGAAGAAUCCUAGUUACCCUACUCUCAGUGAUACUGAGAAGCAGUAUAACCUUCUGAAUUAGAUGUUGUGGGUGAGGGGAUGACAAAAGGAUAGUUUUCUCUCAUUGUCCUCUGCUUAUGAGAUUCCCACAUUGCCGGACUAGUGUCUUAUUAACUUUAGUCUUCCCAGAGAGACAUUUCUUCUACAUUAUAAACAAUGAAACCUCAGUGCUGCAUGUACAUGUAGGAGCUGCCUCUGCCAUUGCCACCUGUGUUCUAAAUGCUACACAGACCAGCUUGCAAAUAAUAAUUCAGGAGGUGUUUCUCUUGUGAAAGUCUUUUCAACUUCUACUGGAAAGGUACACACUACAGAGGGAGCAACUGUGGUAUGUGACUAUCUCCUUCCUGGGGAAAUACAAUAGGGUGUGGGGUUAAUCCCCCCACCAAGAAAAAUCUAUUUUUUUCUGCUAGGGAAGAGAGACAAAGGGGAACAAAUCAAUUACAGCACGUCUCAAUUUCCCCAUAUACAGUUGCUGUUUAUGCACACUCUUGGUAUUCAAGUAACAACUUUUGGCUUCUGGCUAUAAUUGAACAGAUGAGUGCGUAAUUAUGUGGACAUCCAACAGUCUUUCCAAUUUGCUUAGGAGAUGCUUGUGAGAAUCUGGCCUUCAGGAAAAUUAUCCUUUCAGGUCUGUGAUAUUGGUGUGUUCUCACACUGUGCAGGUGAAGUUGCUAAGGGAAAAGAAAUUGCUCUUUGGAGGCUAUGUGAUCAAGGCUGUUUCUGCUUUCCUUCCAGGUGGCCCCAAGGUAAAAAUGUGCAUCACUGAUGUGCUGCCAGUACUGGCAAAGAUGUUGGAUGGCAUGAAAGCUGAACCCCUUCAUCUCUGUCACCGGCUGGAUAAGGAAACAACUGGAGUCAUGGUGCUUGCCCGGGAUGAGGACACCGCACACCAGAUCCAGCAGCUCUUCAAAACCCGACAGGUGGAGAAAAAAUACUGGUAUGAGACACAUUACUGGGUUCAUAUACUCUUCCCCACUCCCACCUUCAGCUUUAAUAGAAACUUUGCCUUCUUAUAAGCCAGUAGCCCCUUCAGAACGGCAUCUCUGGGACAGUGCCUGUUAAUGAAGUGCUGGAUUCAUUUUCUUUCCCUCUUGAAAGGAGAGUUGAUGGCUGUAACAAGCUGAAAUAUGGCACUGUUCAUCACUUGUUAUCUUGGUAGGGCGAUCUGCAUUGGAGAACCAAAGCCAGCAGAAGGAGUGGUGGAUAUUCCCAUCAUGGAGAAGGAAGCCGAGGGCAACCAAUUGCACUAUAAAGUGAGUUUGCUUCCUGUCAGCAAUGUCUUGACUUUUCUAGCCACACCAUUUCCAGGAGGGCUUUCUGAUGCUUUCCAGUUCUCUCAAGCACCAAGGCACUGAUUUAUUAUUUAAGCUUUAUCCCUGGGAAAUUCAACACAGUUCAUGAGUUGGAUUUGCUUUCCAGUGCCAGUUCCGCAAAUCAUGGCAGUCAGGUGGGCACCUAUAGGUCUAAACCACUGAGCCUCUUGGGCUUGCUGAUCAGAAGGUUGGCAGUUUGAAUCUCCAUGACGGGGUGAGCUCCCAUUGCUCUGUCCCAGCUUCUGCCAACCUAGCAGUUCAGAAGCAUACCAGUGCAAGUAGAUACAUAGGUACCGCUGUGGCAGGAAGGUAAAUUGUGUUUCUGUGCGCUCUGGUUUCCGUCACGGUUUAGUCAUGCUGGCCAGAUGACCCGGAAAGCUGUCUGUGGACAAACACUGGCUCCCUUGGCCUGAAAGCAAGAUGAGCGCCGCAACCCCAUACUCACCUUUGACUGGAUUUAACUGUCCAGGGAUCCUUUACCUUUUACCUUUUUAUAUAGAGUAGUAAAGGGAUCCUGCAAAUUCCCAAGCUGUUAAAGAGUUUUAUAUGGUAAUAUUUACACCUUGAAUUUGGCCAGUAGCAAAUGCACAACCAGUGCAGCUCUCUGAGCAGAGGUGUCCUAUGCUUACAGGGCCUCACUUCUGUCAGCAACUGUGCUGCAGCAUUCUGCACUCCAUCUCAAGAGCAAGGGAAGCUCCACAUGCCAGUAAACCAGUCUUGAAGUCACCAGUGCCUGAACUACUAGGGUCAUACUCUCCCAGUCCAGGAGCAGCCAUAACUUUGCACCAGCUACAACUGGUAAAAGGCCCUUCUAUUCGCUGACGCUGCCUGAUCCUUCAGUGACAAAGUGCUGGGAGGUGGAUAAUGAGUGAUGGACCUCUACAGCGUGAUACAUCUAUUUAUCUCUCUUUGGCUUAGAUGACACUUGCGCCAAACUAUCGCGUGUCCUCUGAGGAUGGGAAUAUGUUCAAAGUCCGCAAGCACAGAGAUGCCAGUAUGGCAGUGACCCAGUACCGAGUGCUGAGUAGCUCCUCCUCUUGUUCCCUCCUUGAACUGCACCCAGUCACAGGUAAGGCCUCAGGAACUUCUGCAGAGUGGUGCCAUCAGCACUGAGUACUCAAAAGCCUUCCUGAGCAUCUCUAAGCCUGGCAGUUUUUCUUAUUUGGGCAUUUUAAAAUUGUUAUUAUUAUUUGCCCCUUGUUCUGUGCAAUUGAGUGCAGACCAAGUUUGGUCAUCUUGAAAUCUUCUGGUGGAGCAUACAGUAGUGUUUACCCAUGCAGGAGUAUAUUUUAUUUUAUUUAUUGAAAGGACUCAAUGUUGCUUUUCAGGGCAAAGCUCUGCUGUUCUUUGAGAGUCGGUACAAACAGAAAAGCACAUUACUGCUGAAGUACAUGUAGGAAACACAGGGCUGCUGUUUGAAAAAGGAAGGCAUGAAUGUGCCACUUGAAUUUUAAGCUUUUAAUUUGAUGACCAGCGAUUUGUUCAUACUAUGAUAGUGGUGCAGGAACGGCAUUCCCUUUGGGGGCUUCAUGUCAGAGGUAGAUGAGUGGAGCCGCCCUUUCUCUCCUCCUUCCUCCACCAUUUCUAGCAAACUGCAAAUGGAACUCAGUAUGGGCAGCCCAUUGCUAAGAAAGAGCAGACAGGUGUAUUUGGUGGUUGUGGCUUUGUAUGCAUGUGUGCUUAAUUUUUUCUCUUUGCCUUCCCCCUGUACGUAGGAGUGAAGCACCAAAUCAGAGUCCACUUGGCCUAUGGCUUAGGCUGUCCAAUCCUUGGAGACCAUAAAUACUCCCAUUGGAACAAGCUUGCACCACAGGUAAGAGAAGCAUGAUGAAAGGAGCUUAUUCAGUGAAAGAAGACAGUAGGAUGAAAUAAGGGCCUCUUAUGCCUCUGCUGUCACUGCACACCUAUGCAUUCUUACUUGAAAAUUAGAUCGGCACUGGACAGAUAUUGGCAGGUGUUCCUUGAUCCUUGAACAGUCCUGCCUACUUAUCAGGACUGUUUUUAACAAGGGGUGUUUACUUAAAUUUUAUUUUUCCCCCUUUCCUCCCCUACCCUUUUUUUGGACAAGUGUAGGCUGUCCCUGACAUUUCAAGUUCAAAGUGAAAGAGAAGAACUGUUCAGCAAAUUGUUCACAUUUUUUUUAAAAAAACCUUAUGUAGUAUUACUAUGUGUUUAACUUAUUUCAAUUAUAUACUACUUAAUUAUAGUUGUCUCUAAGCAAGAUCGACCCAUACAACAGAUUAAAUCAGUUAAAAGCUAACUACAGUGGUACUUUGGGUUACAAACACUUCGGGUUACAGACUCUGCUAACCUGAAAGUAGUACCUCGGGUUAAGAACUUUGCUUCAGGAUGAGAACAUCCUGGGGUGGCAGCGGGAGGCCCCAUUUGCUAAAGUGGUACCUCAGGUUAAGAAUGGUUUCGGGUUAAGAAUGGACCUCCGGAACGAAUUAAGUUUGUAACCAGAGGUACCACUGUAUUAAAUCAGAAAUGACUUAAAAUACAUAGUAAUGUUGUAAGAAUUACAUGCAAUGUUUUACUUUGGACAAACUGUUAUUGUGAACAAUCAUCAGUUUUCUAACUUCUCAUAUGUAUCAAAUUAGUUUAUGUAUGAUCUUUUGAGUGCUCUGAAAACAUUAGGUUUUUACAAAUAGUGGACUGGUUGAGUCUCAAACCCUACUUGGAAGUAGGGCUCAUUAUGGCCAAAGGUCCUUAAACCACAAGUAAGUUUGCUUAGGAUUCAAGCCUCAGCCAAGUUCUAGAAAGGAACCUGGCUUGCAUUCUUAUCCAUUUCAAAACAUGGUGGGUGGUGUCUCAGUUUGGUAGACUGAUCUCCUGCCCUGAGGUGGUUGUCAUCUACUUCAAAUUCCAGUCUAUUCCAAACAAUCACUCCCAUUGCACCUGCUGCUAAAUGCUUUAGGUAGGAGAGUACCAGGAACUAGUAGCCUCAGGCUACUGGCUACAUAAACCUGGCUGACGUUUUACUGUGUAUCAGUGACAUUUUGAAAGAACCGCUUGGAUGCAGAUCAAAAUUCAUGGGCCGCCAGGUGUCCACUCCUGGUCUAUGUGAACGGCUGUCACACAGAAGACUGCAAGGGCUUGCUCUCUGCUGCCCAAGAAGGUAGGGCGAAAUCUAAGGAGUGUAUUAUUCACUUAUUUAUUUAGAGCAUAUGUACCCAGCUUUCCAACCAAAAAGGUUGUCAGAGCGGCUUACAUACAAUACAUUAAAACAAGACAGUCCCUGCCUUCAGACUUCUAUUCUUUUUUUUAAAAACCAGAUCUCACAAUUCUUAAAUAGUAGCUAUAAUGACCAGCUGGCAUAGAAACAGAUGAGGGGCAGGAAGUGACUGAUGGAGCUGAUCUUUCAGCAAAGCUGAUGGAAUGAGCCCUGCUUCCCUCCUUUCCCACUGAGGCAGCCAGAUGGAAUGACUGCAACCAGGUGACAGUUGUAGGAGAGGAGGCCUGAUGGAGCUAUUUAGUUAUUUCAAAAAAAUCAUUUAUAUGCCUCCUUUAACCAGAAGUCAUCCAGGUGGUAUGCAACAGAAUAACAACCCACUAAAACACAUUGAACACCUGCCAGGACACCAUCAGGGAGGGACCAUUCCACAAGGCUCCUUAAAUUACGGGAGGGUAGAUCUUGGCUGAACAUCAGGAGAAAUGUGUUGACAGGAAGAGCAGUUCAUCUCUGGAACCAGUUACCUGAAGGGUAAUUGCUGGCAGUCUUCACGUAGAGGUUUGACAGUCGACUCUUGGAGAUUCUGUAGCCCUAGAUUUUCUGCGUGGAGUAGGAGUUUGGAUGAGAUGCUGCCAUCCCGACUUGGAAUCGGUAGAGCACUGCUAUGGCUGAAUCAAAAAGAGCUUUUAGUCUGAGUUGUUGUGAAGCACUAAUCCAACUAGGUGUUCACUGCAUCCUUUGGCAUGUGCCUGCUACAUGCUGCAGUCUCUAGUGCUUUUAGAACUGUCAAGGUGCAUAUUUAUCGAUCUGUUUGGAGAUGAAGCAGUGCCAUUUAUGAUAUUAAUAUUAAUUUUGUUAUUAUUACUAAUCAAAUAUAGAGUAGCACUGAUAGCUAGAGCAGACCAUUAUUGCAAAAACGUAGUUCCUUUUUAAUUCACUUCAACCAUAAACUAUUUCCUUUUAUACGUUGUAUAAUCUGAAAAGUAUCUGCCGCAUACUUUCAAAUUUUGAAGAGAAUCUCUUGCGAAAUGCACAGAAUGUUCAUUGCAUUCUACUCCGUGCAUCCAUGUGAACAAAUCAACUGUUUGUAACUGUCCAAUUCUCCCCAGUGGCCAACUACUAAUCAUGGCUAAGCACACCCUUUUUCUUUUUUAUCAUUCCUGAUCCUCAAAAUCUCCAAGAAAGCAUUAAGACCCAUUAUUCUGGCCCCUUGCCAGGUCGAUUUCUAACAACAUCUCUCAGAAAAUUGAGAAAAAACUUGGUUACAUCAUUGCAAGAGAGCAUUUCCACCUCCCAGCACUUGGAGAUCUAAAGUGGAAAAUUAAGAGAUCCUUCCCCAGGAAUUCACCAUUUAACCAUUUCUUUCCUCCUUUUUUACAGAAGCUUCCAAAGGCUGCAUUGAAGAGGCUGGGCUUGGAACAAGUCAAAGCUCGCCACCUCCCACUUCACCUCCAUGCCUGCCAACUCACUCUGCCUGCAAAAAACGGCAGUGAAGAAGAUAAAAUCCACUUGGUUUGCAAGCCACCCCUGUUCUUCAUUCGCUCCUUACAGCGACUGAAGCUGGAGUUCCCAGAAAUACGAAAUAGUGAACCAAAGCAAUGACAGCCUGUGUAGCUUUAUUGGAGAAACUUGAUUUCCUUGACCUCCUAGUUCCUGGAAUUCCACUAAGUUCAGAGCUUUUUGGACUCUAAAGUGGCCAAACAUGGAACUGCAAGAUUUGCUUCUCCUAGAAGCCUACAUCUGUCCAGAGAAUCUUUGUGGCAAGUGCUGAGGCUCUGUAUUCAGCUGCCAUGGGAAGUGAAGACGGGGGUCCCAGUAGGUUUCAGACAGGGGUUUUUGAAGAUGCAGUAGUCCUGUGACAGACAUUGUGAUGGAGACAGCAGUUGAGGCAUUGAAACCCAGCCCAGUACAAACAACUUUCUUGCUUGAAGAAAUUGACUGAAUGGGCAUGAUGUAAUUGUAACAGGGAUUUUUUUGAAGAAAGACUCAGUCGAGUUUGUUCUGCUGAUGUAAUAGUGAUGGAAGUCAGCUACACGUUGAGAAGCCCUUGGGUUCAAAUCAUGCCUGUGCUGGCUUUAGACACCUAGACUUUCUCUUAGGCCCAGUUCACAUGUAACACUCAGCCAGACCAUGGCUUAAUACAGAUGAGUGGGUUCUGGGACAGAAGUGCUGCUACUGUGUACUAUUGGAACUAAGCUAUAUUUUGGUUUAGUGUUGUGUCCAGACUUGAGCAUCCAAACCUACAGCCUGUGGUUUGUGGGUAGCCUGUGGGCCUCUAGAUGUUUGCUGGACGACAGCUCGCAUCAUCUAUGACUAUACUAUAUGGAACCAAUAAGAGCUGGGGCGGGGGGGCGGCACAAAUUUCCAACCUCUGCCCUAGUGUAACAUGGAGACUGGCUGUUGCACCAUGUCUAGCCUCUUUGAUUCUUGCAUUUCCUCCUAAACUGCUGCUUAAUUCAAUAAAAAAAAUUCCCCAAAGCCCUA